UCAUUCCGACCGCGGACGCGAAGCCGCGUGCACGUCAUGAAAGUCACACCUGGAGGCGUCACGAUCGUACGCAAGUGAUGCUACCGUCAGUCAUGUGCAGCUUGAGUGUACGUGUUCCGUUGUUACCAAAACGUUGAUACAAUACGUGAUACUAACGUCCCUCGGAUACAUUACUGUUACAACGUUGGAUGCGUUUUAAAUUUCGGGUGGGUCGAGGAGAAUUAUGCGUGGGGCGUGCGCGUGCGCGGUGGUGUGCGCGUUGGUGGCGUUGUGCGCGGCUGCGGGGCUGGACGAAGGGACCCGCGCCGCCGCCGAGAGGCAGCUGCUGGCACUCCUGGGGCUGCCCCGUAGGCCGCCGCACACACACCGCCCUCCGCCGCCCGUGCCUCGAGCCAUGCGACUCCUAUACGACGAGAGCGCCAUCCCAGCGGCAGCCGCCAACACGGCUCGCUCUUUCUACCACACUCCCACCGAGCUGGACGAUCGCUUCCCUGGCGAGCACCGGUUCCGACUAUACUUUAACAUAAGUGGCGUGCCGGCUGAUGAGAUAGCGAGGGGUGCGGACCUCACGUUCCAGAGGGCUGUUGGAACGACCGGCAAUCAGAGACUGUUAUUAUACGACGUCGUUAGACCGGGACGUAAGGGUAAGAGCGAGCCCAUACUGAGGUUACUAGAUUCGAUACCACUCAGAGCUGCCGAGGGUACGGUGAAUGCGGACGCUCUCGGUGCUGCGCGGAGAUGGCUCAAAGAGCCUAAACAUAAUCAUGGACUUCUAGUGCGUGUUUUAGAAGAGGGAUCGGGUAGUACGGACGCUAAGUUUCCACAUGUGCGUGUAAGGAGACGUGCGACGGACGCUGAGGAGGAAUGGCGAUCUUUACAGCCAUUAUUGAUGCUCUACACGGAGGAUGAGAGAGCGAGGGCUGCCAGAGAACGUGGAGAAACAAAGUUGACAAGAAACAAGCGUGCGGCUCAGAGAAGAGGCCACCGCGCGCAUCACAGACGUAAGGAAGCGAGAGAAAUAUGCCAGCGUCGGCCUCUGUUCGUAGAUUUCGCGGACGUUGGCUGGAGCGAUUGGAUCGUCGCACCUCACGGCUACGACGCAUACUAUUGCCAAGGCGACUGUCCUUUUCCGCUAGCGGAUCAUCUGAACGGCACGAAUCAUGCGAUCGUGCAAACUCUGGUCAACUCAGUGAACCCUGCGGCGGUGCCCAAAGCGUGCUGCGUUCCCACGCAACUCUCCUCUAUAUCUAUGUUAUAUAUGGACGAAGUGAACAAUGUGGUGCUUAAAAAUUAUCAAGAUAUGAUGGUUGUGGGUUGUGGUUGCCGAUGACGAAGGCGCCCCGGCCUCGAGCGGACAUAGUGAUAAAUCGUGGACCCAGUGUAUAUAUAGUAGUGGCCUCGACAAUUGUAAAUAAUGUAUUUGUAUAUAUAAUCUUGUAAUUAUUAUUUUAUUGAAAGAAUAAUGAUGUAAUAAAAGAUAUAAAUAUUAAA